AUGGAGGAGGUGUGGGGUGCGGCGCAAAGAAGGCUCAGUAAAGUGAACAGUGAAGAAUCUGUGCCAGAUUUGGAAAAGCCUGGGAGUAGGAGUGUGGGCCCGUGUUGCACAGCUGCCUUCAUCCCAAUAAAUCAUUCCAGGUUCACAGCCCAGUUCCCUGCCCUCUACUCUGGAUUCCUGCAGAAAUGUUUGCGACAAUUCCCCCUGCGGCUGCAGGCCACCGAGGUCCGUGUCUACCCGGUGGAGUUCAACCCCGACUUCGUAGCGCGGAUGAUACCCAAGGUGGAGUGGGCGGCGCUUCUGGAGGCAACCGAGACUUUGCAUCUGGUUGAGGUCCCCAAAGGGCCAACUGAGGGAUAUGAGCACGAUGAGGCUUUUUUAAGGAAGAUGCACCACAUGCUGCUGGAGGUGGACGUAUUAGAGGGCACCCUGCAGUGCCCAGAGUCCGGGCGUCUCUUCCCCAUCAGCCGCGGGAUCCCCAACAUGCUACUAAAUGACGAGGAAACCGAGACUUAG